AUGAGCGGCCCCUACGACCACGGCAUGAGUAUGCCAAUCCCUAAUAUACUGGACGCAACCUAUCCGAUCUACGAUGGCGCUUUCAACACAGCAUACCCCCGGCUGUCCGGACCGCCAACUCAUUUCGACGGUGUCGCCUUCUGGUACAAUCCCACCACCACUGAGCAACUUUACGACAGGCAGGCAAGCCUUCUCGGUGGUCGUCGUGGAGCAGCACCCCCCAAUAGCAUGGACUCUUCCGCUGUCAAACAUCGUCGAACUCGCAGUGGUUGCUUUACCUGCCGCAGCAGGAGAGUGAAGUGUGACGAGACGAGACCUGUCUGUGACAGAUGCAAGAAGGGUAAUCGUGAAUGCGAGUUUCCUCAGACGACCUCGUCAUCGAAGCGAUCCAAGCAUGGCGACGGUCGGGGAACCAAGGACCAGGCCGCGAAGAAUGAAAUCAAAGACGAGAGCAUGGCUGGGCUGCCCACAAUAAAAGACGAAAGCGAGGAAGACGAAUCUCCAUCGUCCCCGGCAAUGACACGCCCACCACCACUGCGAAGUGACAGCGGCCAAUCCGUGACACGAAGCACAAAAGCCAAGAAUGCGUCGGAGGUAUCAUCUGGUGUCAAAGAUCAAACCAGUCCACAAUCGAGCGACGUAUCGGAUACUCGCUCCAGAGACGAUACACCAGCAUCGUCACUGCGCACACUUGGCAAUUCUGCAGAAAUGCAAGCACGACAGGCAAAGAUAAAGUCCUUGAAACCGGAUCUCCAGAAGUAUCUACAGUUCCAGCAAGAAUACUUGACCUUUUACCACUACUUCUUCAAACUCGACCCUACGGACUUUGUGCAUGCAGAAUUUAUCGACCUUGCUUUGACUUAUGAGCCACUUUUAUAUGCUGCCGUGGGGUUUGCGGCAUACCACUACGAGCUGAAGCAGCCUGAACCCAAGUUGUCGCAUUUCCUAGGGUACCACAGCAGAUCACUGUCGAUGCUUAGGAAAUCGUUGGAAAAGCACACAAAGGUCACCGAAGCCACGCUGCUGACGGUUUUGCAAUUGGCGACAUUUGAAGAAUACAUUGGCGACUGGGUAAACCUGGUGGGGCAUCAUCGCGCAGCCCUGACCAUGGUGCGUGAUCUUUACACGCCCAGCACGAUGAUGGAAACGGAUCUAGGGAGACGGAUCUUCAGCUGGACCGCUCGUUUGGAUGUCAUUGUGGGUCUCAUGGCGGGCAACGAGACACGACUGGACCGUCAAUGGUUCGAGGCGAAUGCGGCGUGGUACCACGGUCAAGUCGAGAGUGACCCAGAGAUCGAUGUCGAUAUCGAGAAUACCAUGGCGUAUUUCGUGUCAUCAAAUCGACUGAUCGGCAUGGACAUGGCUGCCUUAUUCGCCAAGUUUGCCAAACGCGAAAUCAGCGUGGAGACGUUUUGCGCAGAAAACAGCGAGAUCGUUGACAGAGUCGAGGCCAUGAAACGCCAGAUUGAGUUGUUCAACGACGAAUACUACCGGGUCCAAGAAUUUCCGGUGGAGAAGAGUCGACCUUUGGCCGAAGACGAUAUUGUGAAUCCUUAUGUACCAGGAGGCCUCUUCAAAGACGCUCUCUGGCCGCUGAACUUUAUGUGGAUCGACUGGUACAGCAUUGAAUUGUUGCAGAGAUACCAGACUGCAAUGAUGCUUCAGCAACCAAUGCCUCCCGAACUCGAGCAGAUAAGUCUGGAACAAUGUCGCAUUUAUGAGGCCAUGGAGCGCUGGCCGGACGCCCCCAAUGGAUCUAUCUUGGGAGCCCAUGCACCUCUGGGUCUUGCUUCAGUUUUCCUCAAGAAAGAUGCCAGACACGUCAUGUGGGUGAGAAAAAAGUUCGCCGCAGUGGAAAGACAGGGCUACAUCUUCCCCCCAUCGUUUCGAGAAAAAAUGGCACAGAUGUGGGGUCUCACGCGCGACGAGGUUGGCGAAAAUGAGGCCGUGGAAAAUUGGUGGCUCCCCAACGACGAAGGGAACAUUCCCAUGUUGAAGGAGAUCCGCAAAGUGGUAACGGAAAGGCACGCAAGUGACACGAUCACCAGCAUGGAGUCUGUUGCCAGCGUCCGAGAUUUGAAGGCCAUCUUUGAGAAGCUAGAUCUUCGGACUCAGUCGGUUGCAAAAUCAAUGGGCAGUGACGGCCAAUUCAGUCCACAAAGUGACACCAGCGGACCCAUCAGUGACCGCGGAAGCAACCCCAGCUUCAGUCCCACCAACAUGAAUUUUGCGGAUGCGGUAAAAGGAAGCAUAUCAGGAGCCGUGCAAGAAGGAGGGGGUCUCUGA